AUGAUGGGGUGCUGGAUGUUGAAUGAGAGUAUCUCUGUCAUGUUAGCACUCUCCUGGUUGGGAGUUAACGUAUAUCUGUUUAUCGACACAUUCUGUUGGUAUGCAGCAGAAGAGUCUUUCUUUUAUACACGAGUGCUUCUGGGUUCAACACUGGCUUGGGCAAGAGCAUCUGCAGUCUGCCUGAAUUUUAACUGCAUGCUAAUUCUACUACCAAUCAGUCGAAACCUCAUUUCAUUUAUAAGAGGAGCAAGUAUCUGCUGCAGAGGACCAUGGAGAAGACAAUUAGACAAAAACCUCAAAUUCCACAAACUGGUCGCCUAUGGAAUAGCCGUUAAUGCAACCAUCCACAUUGUGGCGCAUUUGUGCAACCUGGAGCGCUAUCACCUGAGCCAGUCAGCAGAAGCAGAGGGACUUCUGGCUGCACUUUCCAAACUUGGCGACACCCCAAAUGAGAGCUACAUCAACCCCAUCCGGGCCUCCCACACUAACACAACUACUGAGUUGCUGUCGACAAUUGCGGGCAUUACCGGCCUGUUGAUCUCGCUGGCUUUAAUCUUGAUCAUGACCUCUUCCACCGAGUUCAUUAGACAGAUCUCCUACGAGUUGUUCUGGUACACACACCACGUUUUCAUCAUCUUCUUUAUCAGCCUGGCUGUCCACGGGGCAGGUCGGAUCAUUCGAGGCCAAACUCCCGAGAGCCUGUUGCUGCACAACGUCACCUUCUGUAGAGACCACUAUGCCGAAUGGCAGGCAGCUGCCCAGUGCCCAAUGCCUCAAUUUUCUGGCAAGGAGCCUUCGGCUUGGAAAUGGGUUUUAGGCCCUGUGGUCUUGUAUGCAUGUGAAAGAGUAAUUAGGUUCUGGCGAUUUCAACAAGAAGUUGUCAUUACCAAGGUGAUAAGCCAUCCAUCUGGAGUCCUCGAGCUUCACAUGAAAAAGCGUAACUUUAAAAUGGCGCCAGGGCAGUACGUGCUGCUCCAGUGCCCGUCCAUAUCCUCCCUGGAAUGGCACCCGUUCACCCUCACCUCCGCUCCCCAGGAGGACUUCUUCAGUGUGCACAUCCGGGCAGCAGGAGACUGGACGACAGCUUUAUGUAAGGCCUUUGUGACAGAGGGACAGACCAUUAAGGAGCCCUGGAGCCUGCCAAGAUUGGCCGUGGACGGGCCAUUCGGAGCGGCGCUGAUGGACGUGUUUCACUAUCCAGUGAGUGUGUGCAUCGCUGCAGGAAUCGGGGUCACCCCCUUCGCUGCUCUUCUGAAAUCUAUACGGUACAAAUGCUGUGACUCACACACCCGCAUGAAACUGAGCAAGGUGUAUUUCUACUGGAUUUGCCGGGAUCCCAGUGCUUUUGAGUGGUUUGCUGAUCUCUUACUCUCCCUGGAAACAUGCAUGAGUGAGCAAGGGAAAACUCACCUUCUCAGUUACCACAUAUUUCUUACUAGCUGGGAUGAAAACCAGGCUAUUCACAUAGCUUUACACUGGGAUGAAAACACUGACGUGAUUACAGGAUUAAAGCAGAAGACCUUCUAUGGAAGACCCAACUGGAACAAUGAGUUCCGGCAGAUAGCCUACAACCACCCCAGCAGCAGCAUUGGCGUGUUCUUCUGUGGGCCAAAACCUCUCUCAAAGACCCUUCGAAGGAUGUGCCGCUUAUAUUCAUCUGCCGACCCCAGGGGAGUCCAUUUUUAUUACAACAAAGAAAGCUUCUAGACUUUGGAGAUAAAAACGCAUGUACUGUAUUUUUUAUCAUGUUAUUGAAUCCAAAGAACUCCACUAUGCAUUCUUGCCACUGCCUAUUAAUAUAAGCUCCCAAUGGGGAAGAGUUUGUGAUAACUAGCCAUUGAGAACAGUACACCACCCCAUACUUCCUUAGCUUAUAAAUAACAUGCCAUAUGCAACAGAACAAAGCAUUUAUUGAAAUUAAAAUAGAUCGUGUUUUACAAAUGAUCCUUAAUGCUUCUGAUACUUAAAGCUAUCAUUCUGCCAUAAAAGAGAAUUAAACUGGUCUGACAUGAUUUGUUUUACAAAACCAGGCAGCCACUUAAGCUCUUUUAGGUAUUUCUAAAUUAUAAAUUGAUAAUUUCUUUUACUUUAUCCUCAGAUACUGACAUUGAUUCUAUGAUUUUAAAAUAUACUUUAGGAAGAAUGUUGGGUAUAUUCCCUGAGUCUCAAAAAUUAUUUCUAGUAACUCUGCAUUGCAAUUUCUCAGUGUCUUUAACUAUUGCUUGAUGUAUAUCAUUUGAAUUCUACUAAUUUUAGUUCACCCAGUUUUUUUUCUGUAUAUUUAUUUCCCUACUUAAGUUUGAUUCAGCCUUCAUAACUAGAACUUUCUGCAGUCAAAUGUAUAUAUUCAAUCUUUACUUUAGCAGGAAAAUUAAAUACAUUAAAAGAUUUCCUCUUGGUUGUAGUCAAUCAUUACUUUUCUUUCCCUGUAUAUUUGAUAAUAAAAUGCACUCUCUAAUCAACUAAUUUUGUCUAAUAAAUGAGAACAUACUUGUCCUUAAAAACAGAUUUCAA